AACCAGUGGCCCCAACUCCUGUUACUUUGACAAGAAGCACACCUCCAUUUGGACAGUGUACAUCAUCACAGUAAACGCCACGAACCAGAUGGGAAGCAACACCUCAGAUCCGCAUUAUGUGGAUGUGACUUACAUAGUUGAACCAGACCCUCCAAUAAACCUGAUUUUGGAAGUAAAACAACCAGAAGACCAAAAACCGUACCUGUGGAUAAAAUGGUUUCCACCCACCCAGGUCGACGUAAGAUCCGGCUGGCUCACACUACAAUACGAAAUUCGAUUAAAGCCUGAAAAAGCAAAUGAGUGGGAGGUUCAUUUCGCUGGGCAGCAAACUCAGUUUAAGGUUCUCAGCUUAUAUCCAGGAAAAAAAUACCUUGUCCAGGUUCGCUGCAAGCCAGACCACGGAUUCUGGAGUGAGUGGGGCCCAGAAGGCUCCAUUCAGAUACCUGAUGAUUCCACCAAUACAGACACCACCAUGUGGAUCUUUGUGGCUGUGCUUUCUGUUGUCGUCUGUCUGAUUAUGGUCUGGGCGGUGGCUAUGAAGGGCUAUAGCAUGCUGACCUGCUUCUUACCACCAGUUCCUGGGCCAAAAAUAAAAGGACUGGAUAUUCAUCUGCUGGAGAGGGGCAAGUCUGAAGAACUGCUGGGUGCCCUGGGGUGCCAGGACUUCCCCUCUGACUGUGAGGACUUGCUGGUGGAGCUGUUAGAAGUCGUUGACAGCGAGAACCAGCAACCGAUGCAAGUCCAUUUGAAAGAACACCCCAAUCCAAGGCUGAAGCCCACACCCCUGGACCCCGACAGUGACUCUGGCCAAGGCAGCUGUGACAGCCCUUCCUUCUUGUCCAACAAUUGUGAGGGGUCCCAGGAAAGUCCCUCCAUAUUCCACAUUCCUGGGGGCAUUAAGGAGCCAGGGAACCCUGAAGGAAAUGGUGCCCACACCUGGGACUCUCGGAGCACCAGCGUGGAAGGCCGCGUCCCCUAUUUCUGUGCUGAUGGACCCAAAUCUUCAACAUGGCCUUCAUCACAGCCCCCCAACAAGCACAACCCCAGAUCUUCUUACCACAACGUCGCUGAUGUGUGUAAGCUGGACCCGGGCACGGCAGGUUCCUCUGCCACCGUGUUGGACAAAACAGACAAGUGUUCUCUAACGUCUUUGGAAACCACUGAGACUGGAGGGGAGGAGAAGGCGGCCGAGCAGAGGUGGGUGGGAAGCUUCCAUUCCAAGACUGACCCAGACACCCCGUGGCUGCUGCCCCAGGAGGACACCUCCGUUAUCUCUGCUAAACCCUUGGAUUACGUGGAGAUUCACAAGGUCAACAAGGACGGAGCAUUGUCAUUGUUCCCCAAACAAGAAGAGAGCGGCAACCAGACAGAGAAGGCCGGCGGUCUUAAGACCAGGAUGGAAUACUCGAAGGUGGCCAGGGUGAUGGAGAGCAGCAUCCUGGUGCUGGUGCAGGACCCGCCCGCCCCCGACCUGGCUUUGUUUGAAGAACCAGCCGAGGAAGCCCCACCAUCCUUGUCACAGAAUCAAGAGGAGAAAGACCUGGCCGCCUUCGCCAUGACACCGAGCAACUACAGACUGGCCGGGCUGGACUACCUCGACCCCACGUGCUUAAAGCACUCUUUCCAGUGACGGCUUGAUCAUUGGCAUGGUUGGUUAAAAUGUGAUUUUUCUUCAGGUACUGCUACAGCGCACAUGAAAUGUCCUCUCCUAGAGAAUGUUCGAGAAUGGGGUUCGAAUGACACUACUAAAACUCACAGUUCCCUCUUCUUCAUGCUCCAUUUUCAACCAGUGGCCUCUUUCUCCAACAGCUGAUUCCGGAUCGGAUCAUUUUGUUUCCUGUGAUUUGCUGAUCUAGUGUUUGUUUUUAGUUAUAAAAUCGUAUGUUCAAUGCAAUGGAAGCGCACUGCUUAGUAUUCCUGAGGGACUGUGCCAAUAGGUAAAGCCUCCGGAAAAGGCGCCCAUGGUUGGGCAUAGGCCAGGAGGAAAUGAAGGAGUUAGCAUAGCUCAGCGCAGGAAGAUGAUAGAUGUGAGAAGAAUGCCAUGUAAGCUGCUUUUGAAAACCAGUUGCUUAUCCUUUGCACUCCUCUCCUAUUUUAUUGAGAUUAACCAAAUAUAACACAUUGCAUGAAAGGAUGCAUUCCGGAACCAACACGUCAUUUACAUCACUUCCUGUUACCUUAGUGACACGUUGCUGAUAUGCAAGUAAAAAUCAUGCCUCCAUUUCUUUUCCUUAAAAUAGUUGGAAUCUGGUAAGCCUGGAUUCCCCUCUCCCAAAUUGUAUUUCAUCCUAAAGCCUCUAGAAAAUAUAGUUUUGGAGAGUGAGAUUUUCUUACACAGGAGGCAAGUGAAUUUGACGUGAUGGAUCCUCCUAAAACGGUUUCCUGCUUCAUUUCAACACAACAGAUAAUUUAUUAUACACCCUAGUCUUCUCUUAGUGGGAAAAAAAAAUCCCCAAAGACUAACUUUAAUUUCAAAGAUAAUCACAGCGGGAUGGUCAUGGAGAUACUGCCUUACUGUACAUACAGAUUCUACUUUACUACAGACCCGUUUAUGCUAGGUUGUCUCAAGAGCCAUUUCUACAUCUUCUAAAAACUGGAUGAUGAAUAAGGACCAGAAAGAACACAUAGAGACAACGUGGACAGUUACAUCUUUGUCAAUCGUAUGGGAGAUUAUGCUAACUGCUGUUACCCUAACAUCUUCAUCUUUUCUGCACGCCAAAAACAAUGCUUGUCAAACAAAAUCGUAGACGUCCCAGUACAAUACGGUCUUUAUAUUUCUAUUCAUGUUAUUGAAAAUUCCCAGCUCAGUGCCUGGCUCAAUAAAUGUUUAUUUCCCUUGCCUA